AUGGCUCCACUAUUGAGGUUGUCCACUGCCCCUACAACCACCCCCGGGUUCAAGAACAAGCCCAAGUCUCCCAUUGCCAUUACCUGCAACCUCGAGCCCUCUUUCAACCCUUGCCUCCUCAAGGUCCCUUGCGGCUCCAAUAUCAUCCCCUCCCUCCACAGGAUGGGUACCGCAAUUCUCAGAGGGACGUUUGAGUCAUUUGAGGAUGAAAGCAAGAAUGAAGCAGGAAAUGAGAAGCUGAGAAACACUGGAGCUACAAGAAAGCUUGAUGUGAAGAUCACGAAUGCAGUUCAUGUUUCUCCGGCGAGGGAAACGUUUGGUGGGCUCUACGCUCUCUCGAACCUUGACCAGACCUUCCCGUACGUGAUUGAGAGCGUGCUCGCCUUCAAGGGCGAAGGGAGGGGAAGGCGUCCCGCUGCGAUUGAGACAAUCAGAGAGUCGCUGGCCAAGGCAUUGGUCGAGUUCUAUCCGUUUGCGGGCAGACUUGUGGUUGGGAGCGACGGGAGGAUGGCAGUGAGAUGCACUGGAGAAGGUGUCCCGUUCGUCGAAGCGACGUCGGAGGAUGACAUUGCAGUGUUGGGUGAUAUCAGCGCCAUCAAUCCCGCCAUGCUGCGAAAACUCGUGAAGCACAGUGACAGAGCCUUGACCAUAUUGGAAGUACCUUUGCUAACGGUGCAGGUGACGAUGUUCAAGUGCGGAGGGAUCGUCAUCGGCAUCGUCAUGAAUCACGUCCUCAUUGACGGGAAAGCCCUCACGGACUUCAUAGCUUGCUGGACAGACCUGGCUCGAGCCAAGCCGCCAUCAGUUCUUCCUUUUCUCGAUCGAUCGGUGUUGCGCCCGAGGCAACCUCCGCGUGUCGAUUUCCCCCACCAUGAGUAUGCUCCAACAGACCGGCGGCCCAGACGCGUGGUCGACCCCCAAACCAAGCCCCUCGUUUAUAGAUCCUUCUGCUUCAAGCCACACGCUCUCAUUCAGCUCAAGAAAGCGUCAAGAAUCACAACCCCGAAUGGCUCUUCCGUAGUCCCGACGACCUUUGAAGUCAUAUCGGCGCUCGUGUGGAUCUCGCGAACCAAAGCUCUCGGAAUCGAUCCUCACGAGACAACGAAGCUACUCACCGCAGUCGACGGCCGCCCCAAGUUCAACCCCCCACUGCCGAGUGGCUACUUCGGGAACGGCAUUGCUUGGUCCUGCGCUGAGUGCAGUGCGGGCGAAUUGACCCAUAAUCCCUUCUCGUUCGCUGUCAGGACCGUGCACGAGGCGCUCGCAUCCGCCACCGAGAGUUACAUAAGGUCAGCCAUCGACCACAUCGAGUUGAACAGGGUCCUAGUCGACUGCGAGGGCAGCGCUUGCUGCAUCAGCAAAUGGAGCCGGCUCCCUUUCUACAAGAUGGAUUUCGGGUUUGGGAGGCCGUUCCAGGUGGCGCCAGCGACAGUCCCCGACAGCCUCAUCUUGGUCAGUUCUCGGAGCAGGGAGAGCAACGAGUUGGUUGUGUCCCUGGGGCUUACUCGCGACACCAUGGAUGUUUUCUCAAAGUUGAUUCAGCAUGAGCUCAUGCUAAAAAGCAAGUUCUAG